GAGGAAAUGAGCCUCACUUCCAUUUCACAAAUACCAAAAACUGAUAUAGGGAAUGAUGUGGUAGUGUAAACAUUCAAAACCCUUUCAACCUUUCUUAUGAGUUUACGAUCACAAAAUCUCAUCAAAGUUGACAACUUUCAUCUCUUUCGAAAACAUGAGCAACCCUGGAGAUGAAAAGGAGCUGUGUCAAAAGAAGAGGAAAUCCACCAUUUGUGAAGCCUCUAACUUUAGGACAUCGAGGAGAAGAUUCUGCAGCAGCAACCAAAUUGAAGAGGAGAUGAACAAGGGAGUUUCAACAACAUUGAAGCUUUACGAUGACCCAUGGAAGAUCAAGAAGACUCUAACUGAUAGUGAUUUGGGAAUCCUAAGUAGACUCUUGCUGGCUGCAGAUUUGGUGAAGAAACAAAUUUUGCCUAUGUUGGGUGCAGAUCAUGCAAGAGCUGCUGAAACUGAAGAAGGUACCCCAGUUAGAGUUUGGGACAUGGACACCAAAUCCAUGCACCAACUCGUCCUAAAGCGAUGGUCUUCAUCCAAGAGCUAUGUUCUUAUUGGAAAGUGGAACCAAGACUUCGUCAGAAGAAGAGAUCUAAAGAAAGGUGAUGAGAUCGGAUUUCAUUGGGAUCCAUAUAAUUGCAUUUUCAAUUUCUGUGUUCUCAAACGAGCUAUGCCAGAUAAUUAAUUUCAGUCUUAGUUUUAUUUUACUUUCAAAUCAAUCCUUGAGGAAAUCACAAGUAUAACCUCUAUAUAUGCUUAUGUAGACAUACAAUAAUGUUGUUGUAAGAGCUUCUACUUCAAACUUACCUUUUAAUCCCAGACCACUUUCUAUUUCCAUUGUUCUUUCGUUUCCCACAUCAUUUCUAAUUUCCAUCUUGCAAAUCUAGGUCUAGCAUGAGAUCUUUGUGUGGUUUAAACCUUAAUUGAUAAUCUAUGUAUAAUGAAUGUUUAUGAUGGUGUUCAGUUCCUACUUCUGUUGUUAUAUAUGACUGUA